CAGAUAGCUGUAUUAUUGCUUGACCUCUGGGUCAAAACAUUUUCUGUUAUGUGUUCACAGGUCCGCAGUCCAUCAAGACCCAAGUCAUGUGAAGUUCCUGGAAUGUAAGAUUAACCUGUUACUUUACUUAACCAAGUUCCUGUUAAUAUAAUGUUGUGUCAAAUAAGCCUCAGCAUGUCAAUGAUUUAGACAGUACAGUCUUCUACCUCGUAAAAUUUUAAGAACUGAGCAUUUGUCCAGACCUAGGAAUGGAAGCUGUAACAUCCACAGACAAGAACCAACUACCAACUCAGCUUUAUACACUGUGGAAGUUCUUUUUCAAAUGCAAUACUUUUACAAUAAAAAACAGGCUUUUUAAAAAUAAGUGUCAUCAUGGGAAUUGGCUGUAGAGAGUGAUUUUUUCUUGUAUCAAUAUCUAAUCAUAUAUUUUCCUGGUAAUCCUGACAUACUUUACCUGUACACCACCACCAACAUAUCAUUUUAUUAAUGUAAAUUGAUAUUUAGCUAAAAGCUAUUUUACAGGAAAACUUACAGUUAAAGGAUAUUUACGAUAAAAAGAUUAAAUUAUAUCUACUAAAAAUAUUAUGAUAUAAGUGUUAAACAUUUUGUUCUUUUCUUUGCUGGGUAACAGUAAUUUUCUUUUGGUGACUUACAGGAUGUACCCAUCAGCAGAACAUAUGUCACCAAGUGGUCCAAACUUACAGAUUGGUACCACCAACACAGGAGGAUCACUGCCAGAUUUGACAAAUCUGCACAUCCCAUCGCCACUUCCAACACCUAUUGACCCUGAUGAACAAGUUAAUCAAGUAUUGUCACCUCAGCAAUUUCAAAUGUCUCAGAGGCAGAGCCCUACUCGGCGACAACAGGGUAAUCAUCAGCCAUUGAGAAAGCCUCAAUACAUGCAUGACAUGUCAUUAAUGCCUGGAAACAUCUCACCAAACUUGGAAGACAGAUUACAACAAUUUCAGUUGUAUCCACCAGGGAAUGCUAUUAAUAAUGAUUUCAUUUCACAUGGAAAUGUUCCCAUCACAACAAGUUCCUCACCAACGUUAUCUCCCACGUCAUCGGCACCCAUCACACCUCUUUUUGGAAACUUGCCAACCAGCCCAAUGUCAUCUUUUAGUCCGGAGCUCUAUUUUAAACAACAGCAGUCACAACAACAGUUGUCGCAGCAGCCGAACACAUUAUCAUUACAACAACAACUUGAACAAUUUUCAAUGCAUCGUCCAAUGUUGAAUACAUCAAUGCAGCUGCCCUUUCAAAGUUUGCUGUCGCAAACACCAACAACAAUCCCUCAGGGAAUGUCAAGCUUAGCAAAUUUUUAUGGAGGUCAUUCAAGGGUACCAGACUUAAUUGUAACUCCUGAUGAUGAUGGGCAUAAAUCUGACUUAGCAAAAGAUCUUAGUUCAGCAAUGGCCAACACUGUUGGAGAUGAUCCUGGGGAACUGUACUCUUCGGAUGUUGUGCUUGAUCCAUUAGAUGUGGAAGGCUUUCAGAUGUUGUCUGGUCAGGAAUCAGAGCUCACUGAUGCUGCCACAGAAGAUCAAUUCCGUUUAGACAGGCUUGGGUAA